GUAAAUGUGUGUGCAAAGUUGUGUCGAAUUGAAAAUCUCACGCCAGCCAUGUAACCAAAACUAGCAAACUUGCGUUAAUCCCGCACAGGACAUGUAAACCGUUCUGGCGAGGGAAAACUCAUACUGUUACUCAAAAUUUAUAAAACGCUCAAGGAUUUCUACAUAAUCUCUUAUUACUAAGAAUUUUCCAAACGGUCUUUGGGGCGAAUGCAUAUUUUAGAUUUGGUAUAUCGGUAUACUGAGAUUUGCAUACUGGCGCAGAGACUUCUAGGAAAUCAAUUAUGCCGGCUGAUUAAGGCUGGCAUCUGGCUCCUGAUGAGCAGGGAGACUUUUGGAUGACGGGAUGGCAGAAGUGCAUUAAAGCCCCACAUUUUGCGAGUCAAUGUAUUAGGGAGGUAAUUAAGCGAACACAAGGAAACAAGUCCAUCUUAGAAUGUCCCACUCUUGACACUGGAGGGUACCUAUAGCGACCGAAGUUGGACUGCAAGGACGCGCAGAUUCUAUCACAGCUGAGAUCAACCCGGAGACCCAAUCAUGGCCACAGCAGUCAAACUCUUUGCUGUUUUGGUGUAUUUCAGCUGUACCUUGAGGACUAUGCCCUCUAAUGGAUCUGUAAGUUUAAACUGCCUUCCAGAGAAUCGCGGACUGCAUGGCAUGGACUCUGUGAUUCAGUGUUGGGUGAAAUCUGGCUACCCGAACGUGAGAAUCGUGGCGGUGGUGUGGAGGAGGCUGGGACCGUCCCCCCCCCUGCUUUCCUUCAUCGGGGGCGUGCUGAAGCAGAGCCCCCGUUUCCAACUGGCCGAGCCUGGCUGGGAUGAGAGCCGUGCCGUGGUAUCCCUGCUGGUGAGGGCCACCCGUGUGGCCGAUGAAGGGCUUUACCAUUGUUUGGUGCUGACGGACCAUGGGUACGCUGAGAAAACGGCACGCCUGCGAGUCACAGCCAGGUACACUGGGCUAAUCAUGUCCUCCGUCCCAGAGAGUAACAUUCAAGACAAGACGGCAGUGGACAUGUUCUGCAGUGCCCAGGGCGGUUAUCCAAUGGGCGCCAUUCGGUGGUUCGACCAGUAUGGCACAGAUUGGUCCCGCAGCGCUGAGACUGUGGCGAGGGGAACCGCAGAUGGGCGCUUCAACAUUGUCAGCAAGCUUGCCGUGAGGAGAGCGUCCUCCGCCUCCCCCAGGUACCGGUGCUGUCUGCUCAACGGAGCUGGGGACAAGGAGGCCGAGGCUGGACUUCGUCUGAGCUUUGCUCUUCCAGGUCAAGAAAAGGUGGCGGCAGCAGGAAGGAGCCACAAAGCCGUCACAGCGAGCGUCAUCGUUCUGGGGUCACUGGUCUGUGGCUCUCUGGUCCUCGUUCUCCUUCAGAGGUGUGAGGGCUGCACUGCAGCUCAGCGGCACUUUGAUGAAGAACCUGUCAGGGUGACGGAUGGCUGGCCGCAGGGCGUCAGUCGCCGGCCGAACAGCGUUACCUGCCUACUGCUGUUUGCCUUCCCACCUAACGCGAUGGUCGCCUCUCGGGAGUCUCUCAUUUUACUCGUAUUUUCUUCCCUAACUCUGUCUAGUAAAGCGCAAAGGAAGUUUUUGUACCUGAGGCCUGGAGAUGGGUUUUCCAUCAAUUGCUCGGACAGUGAUCGGGACAUUCAAUCAGUAAAUCUGUAUAGAGAGGACGACCUUUUGUUCUCCUACGAUGGGUCUUCUGAUCCUAUGCGUGAAACGCGGGAAGCCAGCAGAGUGAGAAUCUCGGGGACCCUGCAGAGCCUCCGCUUCACGCUGACCGAAAUAAACGACUUCCACUCUGGAAUUUACUACUGCAAAUACACAUCCGCGAGCGGCGCUUCAAACGGCAAUGCCACGCUAGUUGCGGUCAGCGGUGAAAAUUGCAGCCCAGCCCAUUCAAGUGUUUCAGCUGCUGGUGACCAAGGAAUUUUCCUCAUCCUUACCACUGUGUUCUCAGUGCUGUCGGUCUUCAUAUAUAUAGUCCUACUCAUCAUCUGGCUCAUUCCUAAGGUAAAGAAGUUCCGCGAGAGAAAGGCGCCGGGCAGAUGUUCCGACAGCGUUUAUGAAGUGAUGCAGAUGCACGUGAGACGUGCUGAAGCUUCGAAACGCUAGUAGGCAAAACUGUAGGUGGCAGAUUAUACAGCUGCAAUAUGCAGCAGCAAUAAUGCUGACAACAGAAAGUUUAAAGCUAAGUACUAGUUAGGAACAUCUGAUGCAUUACCUGUUAUAUUACCGUAUUACAGAACAAUCAUUCUGGGACAAGCCAUAUCUUGUUUUUCAUCCCAUUUUCUACAUUAAUAUGUACAUUUUAAUAGAAAUAAUAUUUAAAAUAAUAAAAACGUAAAAGAUUA